UGGCGCGCGUGGCGGGCGUGGCGCGCGUGGCGGGCGUGGCGAGCUACGGUCGCCGCAGUGCUUGGAGCUGGUGCCGGGGAUGCUGCCGCUGAACUGGUCUGCCGCUCUUGGGUGUGGCUGAAGGAUGGCGAACGUGCGGGUGGCCGUGAGGGUGCGGCCCCUCAGCAAGAGGGAGACCAAAGAAGGAGGAAAAAUUAUUGUGGAAAUUGAUGACAAAGUGGCAAAAAUCAGAAAUAUAAAGGUGGACAGUCGACCUGACAGCUUUGGAGACUCCCGGGAGAAGGUUGUGGCAUUCAGCUUUGAUUACUGCUACUGGUCAGUCAACCCAGAGGACCCUCAGUAUGCAUCUCAAGAUGUGGUGUUCCAGGGUUUGGGGACUGAAGUACUAUCUGGGGCUGCCACCGGCUACAACGUCUGUCUCUUUGCCUAUGGACAGACAGGCUCUGGAAAGACAUAUACCAUGCUGGGGACCCCGGCCUCUGUUGGGCUGACACCACGGAUAUGUGAGGGCCUCUUCAUCAGAGAGGAAGACUGUGCCUCAUUACCUUCCUCCUGUAGGAUAAAAGUGAGUUUCCUGGAAAUCUACAAUGAACAAGUACGGGAUCUGUUGAAGCAGUCUGAUAAAAAAAAGUCCUAUACCCUGCGGGUCAGGGAGCAUCCAGAGAUGGGGCCCUAUGUACAAGGUCUAUCUCAACAUGUAGUUACCAGCUAUAAGCAAGUAAUCCAACUCUUGGAGGAGGGAAUAGCAAACAGAAUUACAGCAGCCACCCAUGUUCAUGAAGCCAGCAGCAGAUCCCAUGCCAUCUUCACUAUCCACUACUCACAGGUGAUUAUGGAGAACAGCCUCCCCUCUGAGAUUGCUAGCAAGAUCAACCUUGUGGACCUAGCAGGCAGUGAGAGAGCAGACCCCAGUUACUGUAAGGACCGGAUCACUGAGGGAGCCAACAUCAACAAGUCCCUUGUGACUCUGGGAAUUGUCAUCUCCACUUUAGCCCAGAACUCCCAACCGUUCAGUAACCGCCAGAGCCUCAGCAGCCCAGCCAGGAGUGGUGGUGGUGACAGUGGGACUCCUUGUUCUCUGGGGACCAGCAGUGCCGGGGGACCCUCCCAGAGGCAGUCUUACAUCCCAUACCGGGACUCUGUGCUGACCUGGCUGCUGAAGGACAGCCUUGGAGGCAAUUCAAAGACCAUCAUGGUCGCCACUGUGUCUCCUGCACACACCAGCUACAGGGAGACCAUGAGCACACUCAGAUAUGCAUCCAAUGCCAAGAACAUUGUCAACAAGCCAUGCGUCAAUGAGGAUGCAAAUGUGAAGCUCAUCAGGGAACUCAGGGAAGAGAUCAGGAGGCUGAAAGCCAUGCUGCUGAGCUUUGGGCUGAGAAACUUCAGUUCCUUAAAUGACGAAGAGGAUGAAAAUCUGAAGGACCUCCUUCUCCAAAAUGAAUUAAAGAUGGACAAGCUGACCAAAGACGGGACCCAGAAGUGGCAUGACUGGCAGGCCCUCAUGGAGCAUUACAGUUUGGAUGUCGGCAGGAGCAGGGCUGGGGUGGUCAUUGACUCCAGCCUGCCGCACCUGAUGGCCUUGGAGGACGAUGUGCUCAGUACGGGUGUUGUGCUCUAUCACCUCAAGGAGGGGACAACAAAAAUAGGAAGGAUUGACUCAGACCAGGAACAGGACAUUGUCCUUCAGGGCCAGUGGAUUGAGAGAGACCACUGCACAAUCACCAGUACCUGUGGGGUGGUCACUCUCCGGCCUGCCCAGGGGGCACGUUGCACAGUCAAUGGCCGUGAGGUCACUGCCUCUUGCCGUCUGACCCAAGGAGCUGUCAUAACCCUGGGGAAAGCACAGAAGUUUCGAUUCAGCCACCCAGCAGAGGCUGCUGUCCUGCGGCGGCGGCGGCCGGUUGGAGAGGCCAUUGGCAGCAGUGGCUCUUUGGAAUGGUUAGACUUGGAUGCAGAUGUCACUGCCUCUCACUUGGGUCUCUGCCCUUUGCUUUGGAAGGAAAGGAGAGUGCUGGAAAAGCAGAGUGACAAGGCCCACCAGCCACCAAGGGAUGGAGAAACAUCUCACAGAGCCCAGAUUCAGCAACAGCAGUGCUGUGUGGACGAUUUGAGGCAGCAGAUCCAAGCAGGACAGAUUAGAGUUGAGAAGGAGCUGGAACUGGACCAGGCUUGCAGCCGCCAGAAGAUUGGAGAUAACCAGCAGUGGCUGUUUAGAGAAGAGACCUGGCUGGCCAGGUUACAGGAGCAGCAGCAGCAAGAAGACAACCUUGGAGCAGAGAAGGAAUCUGAGGCCUCAGGGACACCUGAUGCUUGGCUUCGGACAGAUCCUGAGGCUCUACCACCCUCACUGGUCCGAAGCCACAAGAGGGUGGUGGAGCAGAACAUCCCAAGACAAAAGGCCUCAUUGCAGGUAGACAGAUUCAUCGAGAACCAGAGGCUGCUGGAGGCCCAGGCGAGAGUGGAGCAGCUCAGGGCAUUGUGCUGGCUUCAGGAUGACAGCACCCAGCAGUCCCCAUGCUGGAUCCCUUGCUUUGAUGCCACAGCCCCAGAGCCUCCACGUGGAAGCAGAUGGACACCUUGCAGUUCUCUGAGCUGCCAGAGGCUCUGCAGUGAGCACCUGCCCCCACUGCACAGUGCUUUUCUGAAUUGGGAUCUCUGUACCGUGUUACCACCUAUGCCUGACCCUACUCACCAAGUGUCAGAGAAAAUCCCACUGGCAGACCCUGUUUCCCCAGCAGCUGCUUGCCUUCCAAGGACAAGGCAUCUCCAUAAGAGUGGCCUCUGUCCCUCAGACCAGGGACAGCUUUGCAUGGCCAAGAAAGACACCUUAGCUCCAGGCACCUGCCUUUCCACGAGCCACAAGUCUGUCAACAUCCAGGAAAUGGAGAGAGUGGAGAAGCAGCUCUCUCAGAUGGUGUCCCACGGCAUAGCAUCUCUGUGUCAACUACCUGACAAGCUAAAGCCAAGAGAUGGACCAAAGACCCUCACCUCUACUACCCAGACCAGAAGGGCUAAGGGACUAGCAGACUGUGGCAACACACAAGCUGUGUCACAAAAAGAAGGGAACAUUGGGGCCAACAAGGCUGCUAGGGGAACCAGUUAUAGUUACUCUUAUCCCCAUGGACCCAAGCAAGCAGCUGGGCUUGGAAGAGUGGCCAAGACUUUUCAGACAGAAUCCAAGCUACCUUUUCCAGGCAGGGAAUCAAAAAGGCAUCAGAGGGUACUGGCAGCAAGGGUCAGAGACAUUGCCAAAAAGUACUGUCAUUUACCUCAUGGCCAUCCUUGGAAGAGACACCACAGUGUAUGUGAUCCAGAUACCACAGCUUCACAUACAGAUUCCAGUCCAAGGAUGUAUUGUGCAAGAGGAGAUGAUGAUUUAUCUGACACAGAUAGCAGCUACUCGGUGGAGUCUCUCUCUUGUGUCUAUGCCAAAAUCUCACUGACAGAGCCGCUGACGCUGGAGGACCCGCCAGGAAAGUGGUACCUUCCAGAGUCAGAGAACUCUGAAAGUUACAACAGCCAAAUAUCUGAGGACUCAUUGGUUGAGAGGGGAGACCAGAGCUUAAAGGGAGGCAGUCAUGCCACCAAUGAACUCAGCCACCCAAGGUCCAGAAUUAAAGCCUCUGCAAGGGGCUUUCCCACACCCCCAGACAGUGGCCUGCUUGCCCGGGCUCAUAGGAGCUUUUCCUUAGACAGCCUGGUUGAUGCUGAGGAAGAAUUGGAGGAAGAUCACCAAGAGGAGCCUUUCCUUGGUUCAGCUGAUGAGAUGCCCACAGAGAUAUUUUGGCGCCUGCAGAACUCCAUUCUGCCUGUAGUGGAUCAGGAGGCAAUGUGCAGACCUGGCCCCACCAGCCACAGAACUGGAGUGGGGCUGAAUGCCAUCCUGCCAGUGAGCAGCUUGUUUUACCUUAAUCCUUGUUUCCAAGCUGAUAAGUGGCCUGAGUCAGAGGUGGAGGCAAGCCAUCCAGAACGAGCCAGCUCUCUCCAAGGUACACAGCUUUUGAGAGAGAGCUCUCUGGUGUCCAUGGAUUCCUGGUUUUCCUGUGACUCUAAGAUCAAUCCCAGCAGCCCCCCAGGAAUAGAGGGUUCUUUAUGUUUAAGGCCUGAUGUCCAGGAAGUCCAGCCCUUUGAUGAAGAGAGGCUUCCAUACUUGCAAAAUAGUAAAGAAGUAAAGCCAGUGGGCACAGAAGCAGUUCUGCCCCGUGGCUUGAAACUGCCCCAAGCCAGUACUGAACUACCCUGCAACACAGAUGUGCGUACAACCUUUGCUUCCAAUAUUUCCAAGUUGUCACUUUGGGGAACUCAAAGGGUUCUUCAGCCAGGAGCUGAUGACUUCUUUCAGGGGAGAAGUAGCCCUGACACAACCCAACGGGGAAACUCAGUAGUUUCUAAUUCUAUUGCGUUAAGUGAGCCUACUGCCUCUACCAUGUCAUUCACUCAUGUGGGCAGCACCCAUGAAGGGGACUGGGCUGCCCUUCAGCAGAAGUACCUCCUUGAAGUCUCUCAUCCUGUCCUGGAGACUGUAGGACAGCCCAGGCCAGCCUUCCCCCUUGAGGAAGACUCUAGUUCCCCGGUCAAAAAUUUUGGCAAAGGAAGAGAUACCCAACUGCCAGUUGGUCCUGGGGUGUCUAGCAGUCUGAAUUUUAACAACUUUCCGAUCCAUCUCUCCAAAACCAGGUGUUUGAGAGCAGAGAAAGAACAGGAAAGUUUGAGUGCCAAGUUGGAAAGUGCUUCAGAUUUCUUUAGUACUAGUGAGAAAGAGGUUAGUUGUAAUGGAGCUUAUUCAGCUGACUUGGAAUCACUGGCUUCUGGAUCUACAAAUGCACAGGAUUGUGCCACAGAGAACAAGUUAACAUAUUCCUUAAAAGAAGCCAGUAAAGUCAGACAGAAGAGCAUGGAAGAGUGCUGUCAGGGUAGCCGGAAACCUGGAGUGACAACUUCCUCUGAUAAGUGUGUAUUCCAGAAGAAUGCUUGCUGCAGGAGUGUUACCCAGGCUACCAAAGCAGAUCAUUGGCCUCAAGGCUGGUCUCCUCUCAGGAAAAAUAGUGCGGUUCACCAAGGACAAAUAAGUCACAACUGCUACCCCCAACAGGAAGAGAAGGAAGAUUGCCGGGAGAGCUCUAAGGAAGUAGUUGGAAGAAACACAGAUGUUUCUUUUGCCCUUCCAUCAGGUCCACAGCCAUACUUCCACUCUGCUCCCUGGAAUCCUUUUUCAUCUUCCCUGCUGCAGCCACCUGUCUUGGAAACAGUCUGUGUGACCAAAAGCAGGGAUGCCCUGACAGAAACUGCCUUAGAGAUUCCAGCUUGCAGAGAAGUACGAGUGCCGUCCCCACCUCCCCGGGAACCCUGGGGCUUUAGUCAUGACCACCACAUCCUAAAGAAAACUAACUUGAAGAAUAAUUUGCCAGUGCUGUUACAAAACCAGAAUUCCAAGUUUGCCUUUUCUCAACAGUCCACUGCAGAGAGGCCAGUUGAUCAGAACACCGUGGAAGUUACUGGCGAGUUAGGGGAAUGCACUGAAAAUAUUAAAGAAGAAAGGCAUAAUUCAGUUCAUUUUCUUGUUGCUCAGAACAGAUGUUUUCUUCCUUUUACUGGCACAGAAGUAUGUGAGCUUGAAAAAGAAGUUAGAGUUUUAAAUAAAAAGCACAGCUUUCCAGCACUUAAUGAAAGAGAAAAGGCUCCUACACAGUCCUGUUGGAGUGUUUCCUUGGGCAACUCUGGACCUGAGAAGCCCUUCCUUUUCAUCUGUGAGGCUGAGGCAGGUAGGAAAGAAGAUCAGGCUCAGAUCCAAGCCCAUGACUUGAGCAGCCAGUUUCCUUCUGGACGAACAUCUGAUUUCAUCUGUAAAACCACUGAUUUAGGCCUUGAGAAGGACAUGCCAGGGGAAACUGCUGCUUUUUUGAAGUCCAGAUCAGAAUGUCAUAGAGUAAGCAGCCCCACAAUCGUAGCCCAGGAUGAGAGUUCAACCCACAAGUGGGAAGGGAGGAAUGAAACUGGGUUCCUUGGAGAAACUGUCCAUCCCAAAGACAGCCCCACAGAGCUUAAGGUUUCAGAGACAGAAUGUACCUGUGAAAGAGUCCAGUCCGUUACAUGCUAUCAGGAAAGAAGCCCCAGAGAAUGCCAGAGCCCUGGGGGAUCACAAGAAAUGUUAAACUCCAAAGAAGAACUUUUGGGAAAGAAACAGUAUAAAGGAGUUAAUAAUACUGAUGAAAUGGCUAAGCUAAUUAGGAGUGUCAUGCAAUUGGAAGAUGGUAUCUUAGAAAUUGAAUCCAAGCAAAAUAAGCAGCUUCAUGCUUCCCACACACCAAGAGUUAGUGAGGAGGUUAUGUCCCAGGACCAGAAGGAUCCAGAGAGAGCUGACCAUGUCCCGAGGCCAAGAAGCUCUGGAAACCGUUUGUCCUGCAAGGAUCAACCAUCUUCUCCAAGACGGGCAGAUGAUGUUGACUUUAGGGAUAGUGAAGCUGGAGGAAUGAAGGCUAACAGAACCACUGGGAAUGAGAACCAGCUCAUCCAGAAUGUCUCUCCAAGCCCCUUCAGAUCAGGGGAAUGUGUACAGGAGACUCAGUCUGUGGUAGACCAUGCCCCGCCAGCUGUGUUAGACAGAACCCUCAGGGAUACAUGUGAUUCUUUAGGGAAAGGCGCAGAUUGCAAAGAGUCCACCAACACUGCUCUUCACCAAAGGAGAAUGGAAGCACUGUCUAGAGCUCCAUCCUUGCAUCCCCGGGUGGAGAGUUGCGGGAAGGAUGACAGGCUGGUACAAGCAUCAGCAAACUUCCAAGAGCAGCCUUGGAGCUUGGGAAGUCUUGAAGAACUGGAGACCAUGGAAGGUUUUCACGAAGGCCAAGUUGUUGAAUUCAUAAGUAGUUCCAAGCCAGAGGGGGCAAGAGCUCAAGGUGGAGUUGAAGGAGUGACCUUGGAAAUGGGAGGAAGCUCACAGGACAAAAGUAAUGUGGUCUCAUUGACCCAGAGGCAUCCUGAUGCAAGCCAGCAUUGUCUAUGCACAUAUUUCAGCCAGGAGACUGUCUCCCCAUUACUGAGCCAGACAGACUUCCUCAAAGUCCCUUCUAAUCAAGACCUGAGCAAUACCUGGUCCUUGCCUUCACCAAAGCUGCCAGGAAGCUGUCUGCAUACCCCUGAUAUUAUAGGCAUUUCUUCAGUUGACCAAGUGCUGGAUCCCACAAUAUUGAAAAUUCCUGACAGUCCCUCAGAACAUGGAGUACAGUAUGACAGCCCGAGGAGAGAAGACAGAAGCCCCCAUCUGCAGGGACACACUAGCGGAGGCUCCUCCAUGGCAUACACGGCCUGGUGCGGGAAUGCGAGGCCCACUAUCUUGGGAUUGCAUGGUCAGUCUGAUGCAGCAAAGAGUGCUCCCCUGGGAACAGAAGAGAGGGUAACAGCAAGCAUCAGCCCCCAGGACCAAGGAGGGGACCUCAGAAUCACUUUCAUGGGUUUGAGUGCUCAGGAAAGUUUUGGCAAUGAAAUUGAGGCAGCUGUACAAAAAAAAAUACAAACUACUUCCUUGAAUAUGACUUCUAGGCAGCUUAAAAAAAGGGUCAGCUUCUCCUUAGAAGAGGAUGGUGACCAAGGCAGAGGGGCAAGGCAGAAGACACAGGAGGAGGCCAAGGACCAAAGCCCUACCAGCAGUACUUGCUUGGUAUCUGUUUCUCUGCCAAGGGCGCCUAAUCCAGAGCCCAGGCUGUUGGAGAUAUCUGUCCAUGUACCCAGUUGCCUGGCUAUCUUGGAGGAGAUCAGACUGGCAAAGGUCUGGAAAAAGUGGCCUAAUGACUUUGGGACUGGGGUUGCAGUCCUUCCUUACUAUGAAACUUCAGUAGAACCUGAAUGUUCUUCAGGGGCUGCUGACAGGACUCACUGUGAGCAAAUGGACCAGUUAAUGCCAGGCAGGACCAGGGGUGAGGAUGAAGCCCCAGAAUUCGAUGUUGCAUCUCUCUCUGCUGCACCAGGACAUCUGUUGGCUGACGGGAAGAAAGGCCAAGCCACACCUCUCUGUACAAAUAGCUCUGGACCUCUGCUCGGCCCUGAAAUGAACAGAGGGCCCCAGCCUUUUCCACAAUCUUCCUCUCAAGCUGCACCUGCUCCAGGCACAAGAUCCUGCACUGGAGACCUGAGCGAUGUCCAGGGAGCAAGGAAAGAGUUUACAGAUCACUCUAGUUCUUUUCAAAUCACCGAAAAGAAGGAAGAAGUACCCAGAACACCUUCCUUUACUGGUCCUUUGAUCUUAGACAGGCUUCUUCCUUCAAAAGCCGUGGAGGUGGACAGAAUAUUAAGAUCAAAGAAAGCAGUGUAUGCAGUAUCUUCUCAGGCCCCUAAACAUUCUGGGCCGAUUCUGCAUGGGCAGAGUCGUUUAGCCACGUGGCACACUGUAGAGGGGAAAUCUCCUGGCAGUUGCACCAGCAACCCAGAGCACCAGGAGGCUGAGACUUUAGACACCACAUAUGGAGGAGGCUCAGGUAAUUUUUUAGUGACUGCCUGGGGAGGAAAAACUGCCCACUUUGAAAAUCAGUCUGUGAUCUUUGGCGUUGAGAAUUCUUUAAGCUUUUCAGGGCCUGAGCAAGAUCACGUCCAAUGCUCUGAGACUUUUACUGGCUUAGAAGAAGUGAGGGCAAGUCUAAAACAACAGGCUGUUCUGCCUGGAGCUCUGAGAAAUGCUGAUCUAGAAGCCCCCUCACAACAGUAUGUGAACUGGAAGGAGAAUGUUUGGGUCAGGACUGGGAUCAGAAAUCUCAGGCAACCUCUAUUGCUAGAUCAGAGACCUAGCCCAGACCCUGGGGGAGAUGAGGCCCUGUGCAGAGGUCUGGAGGGAACCAGAGAUUGCCUUGUCUUGUCUGGGACCACAGAAGGCAGCAGGGCUCUCAGUGCAGUGAGGGAGGCAGAAGAGAGCAGGAUUCGCCGACACCUGUGCCAUCCUCAGACCACUGCUACUUAUGCCUGUUCCUCCCAUUUUUCCACUCUGCUUUGUCACAGAGAUGGUGACCUGGGGACGAAUUCCAAGGCCACCCCAUGUCCUGUCUACCCACCUUUCAUUGUACUUUCCAGAGGCUGUGAAAUGGGUGAGACAGAGACCUCCUCCAAGGAAGCUGAUGUGCUCUUGGCACAUGGCUGUGAGACCAGAGGCGUGGACCUUGGGCCAGUAGGCAGCGGCGUGCUUGAGCCCUCCACUGCAGCUGCUGUUAGACCACCCACUCGAGGCUGCAGCUCCCUCUGCACCUCCUAUGUGAGGACACAUUCCCUCACCCAGUCAGCUACAGAUGGAAGCUUCAAGAUUGUAAAGGGUACUGAGGAGGUUGCUGAGAGAAAAGCCAGCCCAGAACUUGAGGCUGUCCCUUGCCCUGCAGACCCUUACUCGGAGCCACUGAGGAACCUCAGGGAUCACUCUGUAGGUGGCCACAGUGCACAGGUGUCUCAGACCAAGCCAGAACCAUCUGCAGAAACUCAGGGACCACACACCCUGAGGUUAAGUGAAGGGUCUGUUGAGAGUGAGCAUGGGUGCUUAGAAAAUAUCAGACACCUUUCAGAAAAGCCACGACCUUCCAUCGAAUCCAGGGAUCCUCCAGCCAAGUUUUUAGCAAAACACAUCUGUAGUCCUCGGGGUGGUAGCCCUUGGGAAGAGCAAGAACAGCAGAGAGACUGGGCUUCAGGAGGUGGCGAAGACCCUCCCCAGGGCAGGAAUCCCCCACUUGCUGAGCAGGGUGGCUUGAAUGGCUGUCACAUUAGAGAUGCCGAAAGACAGGAGGUGGCUGUGACCAAGUCUCCGGUGUCCCAGACUUUCUUAACAGGCUUUGAAGGGCCGGCUUCUGUGCCAUUGGGGGACGGUGCAGUACCACAUCCUGUUGACCAGAGGCCUGGCCAGCUUGACUCCAGUGCAGAGCAGUUGACUCCCCACCACAGGUGCUCACUUCCCAUCAUUACAGUCUUCUCUGGCCCCAAACACUCCAAGUCCAGCCCCAGACCCCAGUUUUCUGUGGUGAGCUCCUUUCGAUCUCUUCAGGAGCUAAACACGAGAGUGGAGUCUCCUUCCCCUCCAGAUGAGGACGCGCAGGGGCUUCACAGACUGUGGAACACACACCUCCGGGGCUACUCCACAGGAAAGAUGGUGACAGGAACACCUCUGAAGACUGAGGACUGCAAUCCAACAGCCUCAUCUAACCAGAACGAUGGCCCUACUGAUCACAUGACACUGAAACAUGCCACCCCUCCUUACCCAGUGUCUUCCACAGUGUCUUGCAUGCCAACCUCUGAUUUCAUGAACAGCUGGGUGUCUGGUACUUUGGCUCCACAAGGAAAGCCAGAGAAACUCGAUGUCCAGGUCAGGCCAGAGAAUGGACAGGAGGACAAAGGAAUGUUGUACUUAGGCUCUGAUGAUAUUAACCCCUGCAUUGUGCCAUGGUGUCCAGAGGGGCCUGUGCACAUUGGCUGGAAGCAUUGUGUGUUCGACAGGGCAGUUGAUGACUCCUAUAGCCAGAAAGCCCAUGGUCCAUUGCCAUCAAAUGCAGCCUGGCGCUCCAGCAUGGACAACAGCUUGGGAGAGCAGAACUCCCCAGUUUACUCCUGUCUCAGCACUUAUGCCCAAACCCAGGACCUGUCAAGCACACACGGCAGCACUGAGAAUGUGCAGGGUUCAAAUGAGACUUGGAACAUAGAGGGUGCCUCAUGUCCCUUGGGGGACCCCCACAUCCUGAGUGGUCCUGACAAGAUACCCCGGUUUAAGGGCCCCACUGAUGAAGCAGGCUGUCUAAAGAGUGGGCUACCUUUGGCUGAAGGAAAUUCUGUAGGUGCAGUGGAUGAGAUUGUACUGCUGUGUCCGUCUGAGUCUGGCUGCCCUCUGGCACAGGGCAAGACAGACACUUAUGAGCAGGGCACACAGACCCUGGGCUGCCAGCUCCACCAGAGUGGUGCUGAUGUCUCCUCUGCUCAGCCUGACACCAGUGUGGCACCACCCUGUGGCCUGGCCUCCUGGGCCAGCAUGCACAGCCUGUCUCUCCACCCCUCACAGCUCCUGCACAGCACCUCAGAGCUGCUUGGAAGUCUCUCCCAGCCAGGUGUGACCAAGGAGCAGAACACCAAGAGGGACCCCACAGGUGGGGCCCUACAGGCCCUCAGGAUGGACAGUGCGACUCAGACCAGUGUGGAAAAGGGCAGCCAGACUGACCUGUCCUUACCCCCUCUAUACUUCCAGGGCCCAGAGGCCAAACCUCAGGAAGUCAGUGUGAUCCUUGAAGUGCUGAGCUCAGAUACCACACCUGUGUCUCAAGAAAAGGGAGGUGUCAUAGGAGACCUUGAGAGAGAGGAAGAGGAGAUGGCAUGGAAAGCCAUCGUGCCUUCAGAUCUUCAUAAAGAAAGUGCUCACUGUAGACAGAGAAGCUCUCCAGUGUCUUCAUCCCACUUGAGGUUUCAGAAAGCCCUUCGAGAGCAGAACCUCCCUUCUGGGAGUCCCCCAGGUUCUCUUGAUGCCUCCCCACUUCCCAGGUCCCAUCCAGGGGACUCCUCUUGUGUGGUUGUCAACAGCCCCAGCCUUGGCAUGUGUCAUACCCCAGCGCCCUUACCCAGGGCCUCAGAACCCAACCUGGAGCCUCAGGUCCAGAGGAAGCCGAGUCCCACGAGUGCCUCGUUGGUGGACAGGGCCUCCUCCCCAAUCCUCACACUUAGUGCCAACAUCCAAGAGGUGGGUCUUCCCCCAGGCUUUUUGACUCUCUCAGCUCCCUCAGCCCACCCUCUCAAAGGUCACCCAAAGCUUGACUUCAGCCCAAAGCCUCCAGCAGAUAAUUGUUCUCAAACCACUCAUGAGCCAAUAGAGGCUCUGGAUCAGGGGGUCAGUAGGAAGUCAUUCCUGGAGUUAAGCCUCCCAUGCAGCCCACCACAGAGCCCUAGCGUCCAAGUUAGCUGCUUGGGGCAGCCUCUUCAGCAGCCUCAGCCCAGGACCACCACUGGGGCCCAGAGCAGCCCACCGCUUCCACCCCGAAGGCACUGGAGCUGGAGGCAGGCUGACAGCUGUGUGUCUGAGGGGGUGACUUCCCCAGAGCACGGCCCACUGAACAGUCGGGUGCCAGGUCAGUGGCAGAGCAGGCUUGAAAACGAAGAUGAGAGUUCAGGACCUCCAGUGGAGCCACAACUCACUGCGGACCUCUCCUCAUCAUGGAAAGGGCCUCAACACCUCAGCCCCUUCCUUGGUGCUGAGCUGACUGACCCUGCAGGUACUCGAGGUUCCACUGCUUGUUCACCUCAGGCCUGCCAACCUCAGGGAGUUUGUUCCAGUUCCCAGAUGUGCAUGAGCCCUGAAGCCCAGCAUUGCAACCUAAGGGACCCCCCGGUGCAUAACAAACGUAGUAACUGGUGUGGGGUUCAGUGUGGCUCUCCUGGAGGGCUGGUUGUGAGUGAGGAUCUGGAAGCCAGCUCUGAUCUCAGCUCUGGAGAGCAGAGGCAGGGCCUCCCACAACCUGGUGACCAGAGCCUGUAUCCUGAGUGGGCCCCAAGGGAGCAGGUCUCCCUGCAAGUUGGGGCCCAGAAUACCCUACUCAGUGUAGAGCUCACAGAAGCGAAACUGCACCAUGGUUUCGGGGAGGCAGAUGCCCUGCUGCAGGUGCUACAGCAGGGGACAGGUGCGGCAUUUGUUCCAGAUGAGGCUGCAGUGUCCUCCUGGGAGCAACACCAUGCUCGGCAAAGACAAGCCAUCAAGAUCCUCAAGAGAGAGCAGGCUGAGCGACUUCAGAACUUCCCUCGGACACGAAGCCUGAGCCUCCAGAAAAAACUGAGCCUCCUGUCUAACAGGACUUUCCCCUCCUGGCACCUGGACUUGCCCAGCAAGCGCCGAGAAUACCUGCAGCAACUGAGGAAGGAUGUUGUGGAGAUCACCAGGAGCCCAGAGUCAGCACUGAAUUCUGCCAAACCGCAUUCUGACAUCGAGCGAAUGCUGCGUGACUAUCAGCAGGCCCGAGAGGAGGCCAAGGUGGAGAUUGAACGGGCACAGGAGAGGCUUCAGGAGCAGACUACACAGGAGAAGCUUCGGAUCUGCCAGAAGAUCAUCUCCCAGCUGCUGAGGGAAGAAGAAAAACUGCUCACCCUGGCCAGCUCCAGUUCCCCGUGCACUAGCUCCAGUGGAAGCCUCUCCUCUGGUGUGACCUCUGGUUACAAUAGCAGCCGAGCCUUGUCAGGCCAGCUCCAGCCCCCAGAGAGUGCGAGGGACUUGAACUUGCUUGAUUCCAGAGACACUAGGAUUGGGGAUGGGCGGAGCUGUUCAGCAGUGAGGAGCAGUCACCCGUAUCUGGCCAGAUCUGCCCCGAAGAGCUCAGCCUACAGCUGCAGAGGCUCCCUGGGCAGUUGCUGCUGUUCCCUAUCCAGUCUGUCUAGCUUGGGGACCUGCUUCUCCUCCUCCUACCAAGAUCUGGCCAAGCACAUCGUGGACACUUCUAUGGCUGAUGUAAUGGCUGCCUGUUCAGAUAAUCUGCACAACCUCUUCAGCCGCCAGGCAACAUCUGGCUGGAAGUAUCAAGGUGAGGAGCAGGAGGUGCAGCUUUACUACAAGGAGUUUUCUUCUACUCGGCAUGGCUUCCUGGGGGCAGGUGUGGUGGCCCAGCCUCUGUCUCAGGUGUGGGCAGCUGUGAGCGACCCGACCCUGUGGCCCCUGUAUCAUAAGCCUGUCCAGACAGCAAGGCUGCAUCAGCGGGUGACCAACAGUAUCAGCCUGGUGUACCUGGUGUGCAAUGCCUCCCUGUGCGUGCUGAAGCAGCCACGGGAUUUCUGUUGUGUCUGCGUGGAAGCCAAAGAGGGGCACCUGUCUGUCAUGGCGGCUCAGUCUGUGUAUGACACGUCCAUGCCAAGACCCAGCAGAAAAAUAGUCCGUGGGGAGAUCUUACCCAGUGCUUGGAUCCUGCAGCCUGUCACUGUGGAAGGGAAGGAAAUGACCAGAGUCGUCUACUUGGCCCAGAGUCUCGCUAUGCUAUGCAGUUCAGUUCAAAGUCACUAUAUAACCCAGGGUGGCGUGGAACUCUCCAGAUCCUCCUGCCUCAGCCUCCUGUUUGCUGGGAUCACAGGUGUGCACCACAACCCCCGGGUAGAGCACAGAAUUCUUGCUAAGAAGCUUUUUACAAUCCUCAGGCCAACCGGUGCACAGAAUUGCUUGCCUGUAGCCAUAUUUACUCCUUUAUGCAUUGUAAUAAUGGGUUUGUAUCAGGUUAAUAUUUCAACUCCUUCGUAGUUGUAAGCAUAUUCAUAAUUAGCUUCUGGGAGAUCUCUCGUUUUUAUAAAACAAGGCCUUGUUGUGCAACCCUUCUGCUGCGGAAGGACUUGAACUCACUGUGUAGCCCAGGCUGGCCUCGAACUUGCGGUGACCCUUCUGCUUCAGCCUGAGUGCUGAGAUUACAGGCUGUGUCACCAUGCCCAGCUGUUCUUUUUUUUAAUCACGUGGAGAUCAAACCACUGAGCUACUCUCCUAGUUUCUCCAUUAUUUAGAUUUGAAUUGAUUGAUCGAUUGAUUGGACACAGGUAGUUUGGGCUGGCCUUGAACUCACAGCGAUCCUUCUGCCUCAGCCUCUGGAGUGCUGGGAUUACAGGCGUGCACCAUGCCUGGCUCUUGGGUGCUGUUUCUCAGUGAGACCCUUACAGAGGGAAUCCAAGCUGAAGAAAACACAUUAACCCUUCAGGUCACACUGCAGCCUGAGGUGCACAGGAGUCCCGGGAAAGAAGUGGGGAGCAGGAGUCCUGCUAGUGCUGAUACAUCUUUUUUUUUUUCCUGUACUAGGAAUCGAACUCAAGACUUUGUGCUUGCUAGGCAGGCUAGGUGCCAUUGAGCUGCAUCCCCGGCCCUAGGAGUCCUGCUAGUGAAACCAGGGUGGUUUUCCACGGAAAAGAACAGAGAGACAGGGUGGAGCAAAAAGAUGUUUAGGGCUUUCAGUUCUGUUACAGGAAACCACCUCUGCUUUCACAUCUGCAGACAAUGAACACCUAUUUCUACUCAGGACUGGGCUUCUUUCUAGGUCACUUCUGGUUCCUUUCACUAGCUUUAGAGUAAAACUUGCUCCAAGUUACUCUUGUAACCUGUAGUACAUUUAAAACUUUAAUUGCAAAAAUAUUUACCAUUUUUGAAAUACAAGCCAUCAAACAAACAGAACUAGAGUUGCAUGCGGAAUGAAUAUUUUAUUACUAUAUUAUAAAAAUAAAAUACAAAAUAAUUUUAAACAGAA